AUGGACGCAUUAUUGGAUUUGGAUUCUGCGUUCCAUGAAGCCUCAGUGACGGUGAAGCAAUUUUUGAACGUUGACAAGGCCACAAUGCUGCGUCUCUAUGGACUUUACAAACAAGCAACCCAAGGGGAGUGCAACAUUUCUAAACCUGGAAUAUUUAGUUACACAGCCCGGCAGAAAUGGGAAGCAUGGAAUUCCCUGGGAUCAACAACUGCUGUGGAUGCGAAAUCCCAAUAUAUUGAAUUGGUGAACAGUCUGAUUCCGAAGGACAAACAAGAAGCACAAAGUGUUCAAAAAGCUUCAGCGUUUGGAGUUUCUGUCAGUUGCAUGGCGAAAACAGAACAAGAACUCAACGACUGUGAUAAAACAGUUUUUGACUGGCUGAAAGAAGGAAGUAUGGAAAAUGUUUCAUCCUUGUUAGCUGUUGAACCAUCUCUCAUUUCGUAUCGUGACGAAAGUAAAAUGGCGUUAAUUCAUUGGGCAGCUGAUAGAGGCGAUAUCGCCAUGAUCGAGCUACUUGCCAAGAAAGGUGCCGAUGUGAACAUGAUAGAUGGUGAUGGACAAACCCCUCUACACUAUGCUUUUGCAUGCGGCCAUGAGGAGUGUAUACGUCUUUUAGAAACGCUUGGAGCCAACCGCAAUGUCCGUGACAGUAAUGGAAUGGUACCUUCGGACCUAGCCGAUUCAUGA